AGGGGUGCCAACGUUAGGACUGUUUGGCAUUUCCAUUAAAAAAAAAACAGACUAUUUAACGUUACAAAAUGUUAAUCAAAUUCGUUUAUUGUCCCUCAGAAUCGAUCUCGAUGACACAUUUGUUUUCAUUCGACAGAUAAAUUUAUAAACACAAACCAUGACGCAACAAAAUAAUGAUUCAGCGUUGCCAAGUCGAAAAAAGUAAAUCCACGAGAAAAACGCAAAAAGCUAUGAGAUUUGAUAUUUUUAUGACUUUCUAGUUAUGAGACGUCGACAAUAUCAUUUUAAAAUAAUUUUGUAUACAAUAAUGAAAUGUCUGCCUUAAUUAUUAGUAUAAAGUAAAAAAAAUUCAAUUCAAACAUCGUUAAUACCUGUGCUAAUACAUGAUUAAAAUAUAUAAAUAACAACUUGACACUAACAAUGUCACCACUUGUACUAUCCAUCAAAAUAACAUUCAGUUUCACAUUCAAUGUUCAAUUAAAGCUAAAAAUUAAACUGACUAUAGAUAGUUUCAAGUUUCACGUAAAGAAAUUUUGAAAAAAAAGAAUUAUUUAAAUAUAUAUACCUAUGAAAAGGUAACACACUAUGUUGAUUAUUUACUUGUGCUUACAAAAUUCUUUGCAUCUUGCUAGUUUUACACUUUUUAGUAUUUGUACUGAACCGAUACUUUGAUAAAUAAAACCUAAAUCAGCAAUAAUAAAUCAGGAGCGUCUAACUGAAAUCAUGAGAUCUCAUGAAAUUUGAGAGCUGGCAACACUGUAUCUCUUCUGAUUAAAUUGAGUUAUAAAAAUCUCUCACACUGUAAACUCUACAUUACGUACAAAAAUGAUUCUGAUAAUACUAACAAUCACAGUGUUAACGACAGUUUACUAUUUUUUCCAUCUCAAUUAUGAAUAUUGGAAGAAACGAGGAAUACUUGGCCCAAAACCCAAGUUUUUGGUCGGUAAUAUGGGCAAAAGCUUUAUUUUGAAAGCAACACCUGGAGAAGUAUUUUUUGAAGCUUACAAACAUCGGUUCACAAUGAUACUAAUAAUUGUAAUAACCGCACUCGUAACGAUAAUUUAUUACUUAAUACACAACAAUUAUCAAUACUGGAAAAAACGAGGAAUACGUGGUCCAAAACCCCGCUUCUUUGUUGGGAAUUUAGGCAAAAGUUUUAUUUUCAAAGCAUCACCUGGACACAUCUACACAGAAGCUUACAAUCAAUUUAAAAACGAAGAUGUGGUCGGUAUGUACCGAGCUAUGUCACCUGUAAUAUUAAUCCGCGACCCGCAACUAAUCAAAGAAGUGACUUUAAAAUCGUUUAAUAAUUUCCACGACAAUGAUUUAUAUAUUGACAAAAAUGUUGACACAAUCGUGGGACGAAAUCCCUUCUUCUUGAGGGGAGAUGAAUGGAAAAUUGUGAGGCAACAACUGACCCCGGGUUUUACAAGUGGAAAAAUGAAAUGGUUGUACCCUCUCUUGGAGGAAGUAGCCGGCAAUCUUAUCAAAUUCAUCGACAAUCACCCCGAAACCACAAAUGGAAAAGGUUACAGUGCCAAAGAACUGUGUGCUAGAUUCACUCUAAACAACGUCGCAAGUUGUGCUUUUGGAAUCGAAGGAAAAUGUCUCGAGGAAGAAACGAACGAGUUUCAAGAACUGGCGAAAGAAUUUUUCGCACCUGGAAGCUGGAAUUUCAUAGCUUUCUUCAUCCUGAAUUUAUUUCCACCGUUGGUAAAAUACAUGAAAAUCCGAUUUGCGUCUGAAAGUGUGGAGAGAAGAUUGACCGAUUUGGUGACACAAACUGUAAAAUACCGCGAAGAAAAUAAUAUAGUUAGGAACGAUUUUCUCCAAAUUUUGAUCGAAUUGAAGAAAACUUGCAAAGAUUAUGAAUUUACAAAUGUUGAUGUGACUGCACACGCAGCUGGGUUUCUUGGUGACGGUUAUGAGUCGAGUGGUACAGUGAUGAGUUUCGUGUUGCAUGAAAUCGCUGCAAAUCCAAAAGUUCAAGCAAAAUUGAGACAAGAAGUUAGUAAAGCGUUUGAACAAAAUGGUAACAAGUUACCCUAUGACGCUUUGCAAGAAAUUCACCUUUUAGACGCUGUUAUCCAGGAGACGUUGCGUUGUCAUCCGUCAGUGUUACACGCCCAAAAAUUAUGUACCAAAAAUUUCACCUUCGUACCGAAAAAUUCAAAAAAGCCUGUCACAAUUGAAGAAGGAACUUCUGUUAUUUUGCCGGUUUAUGGUCUUCACCACGAUCCGGAUUAUUUCGAAGAUCCGGAUUCAUUCAAACCGGAAAGAUUUCUACCGGCAAAUAGAGAAAAUAUUGUCAAGUAUACGUAUUUGCCGUUUGGGGAGGGCCACAGAAGUUGUUUAGGACAAAGAUUCGGAGUGUUACAACUUAAAGUGGGAAUUGCAUACAUUAUUAACCACUACGAGUUAACUGUUAAUGAAAAGACUCAAAUGCCAAUCAGAUAUGUGCCAACGAAUGCUGUGACAGAACCUCUUGGAGGAUUAUGGUUGAAUUUGAAAAAAAUCAAAUAAAUCAAAUCAAGUUGCUCAUAAAAUGUGAUUUAUUUUAUCAUUUAAAUAUCAAAAAUUGUGUUAUUUUAAACAAUAAGUA